AUGGCGACAGCCUCGGCAGACUCAGGACACGGGUCCACCAAGAUAACUCCUGAGAUGCUCCAGGAGAUGCUCCAGAACUACAACCUGAGCCGCCAGGAGUUUAUCAGCACUUACAACAUCCAGCCGCUCGUCUACAUCCCCGAGUUACCGUACAGCGCCAAGACCACCUUCGUGAUCAUGUACAUGGUCAUUUUCAUCCUGGCGCUGACUGGAAAUAGUUUGGUGAUCUACAUUGUUGUGAAGAAACGAGCGAUUCAGACGGCGACAGAUAUUUUUAUUUGCUCUCUGGCGGUCAGCGACCUGCUCAUCACUGUGUUCUGCAUGCCUUUCACCCUGCUGCAGAACAUCCUGUCUGAGUGGUUCGGAGGGGUUCUGGUUUGCAAGACAGUUCCCUUUGUGCAGACUACAGCCAUUGUGACAGGCAUCCUCACAAUGACCUGCAUUGCCAUUGAGAGAUACCAGGGCAUUGUGUUCCCGCUGAAGAUGAGGAGGCACUACUCGUCUAAAAGGGCUUACAAGAUGCUAGGGCUGGUAUGGGUCGCCUCGGUGAUAGUGGGCUCUCCAAUGCUGUUUGUGCAACAGCUAGAGGUGAAGUACGACUUCCUGUAUGAUCACUACCACGUGUGCUGUCAGGAGAGUUGGCGCUCUCUGACUCACAGGCAGGUGUACACCACCUUCAUCAUGGUGGCUCUUUUCCUGCUCCCUCUGACAGCCAUGCUUUUCCUCUACACGCGCAUCGGCAUUGAGCUGUGGAUCCGCAAGAGGGUGGGCGACUCCUCAGUGCUCAACACCAUGAAUCACAGAGAGAUCAAUAAGAUCUCACGGAAAAAGAAAAGAGCAGUUAAAAUGAUGAUUACCAUCGUUCUGCUGUUCACCAUCUGCUGGGCACCCUUUCAUACAGUCCACAUGCUGUUUGAGUAUUAUGACCUGGAGAACAAAUAUGACGGCGUCACACUGAACAUGAUCAUCGCCAUUGUUCAGGCCAUCGGGUUCUUCAACAGCUUCAACAAUCCCAUCGUGUAUGCCUUCAUGAACGAGAACUUUAAGAAGAGCUGCGUCUCCACCCUCUCCGACUGCAUCCGAAAGCCUAACCAGCACGGCAGCGCCAUGGUGGCGCCAGAAAUGACUGUGCAGUUUAUCAAACCCCAAAGUAGAGACGCCUUCAUGGAUUCUGGUGAAGGCACUACCUCUAAGCCGAACUCAGAAGAUAAAGGACCCUCAUGUUCAUCACAUGAAGAGAGCUUGCUGGAAAUAAUUGGAGAAAAAAUGUCCACUAUCCAAACAGUGCUCCCCGCAAAUAGCUCCUCUCAAGUCAAAUGAGAAUUGGCUCAAAGUUCAGGAGUUGAAGUCGACCCCCUCCCCCGGUUGAUGGAGCAGCUGUAGGAGCAUCAAAUGUGAUUUCAGGUCUCACAGUUGUGGUUCAAGGUCCCAAAAAGUCCAACAGCUUGGAAACAUAUCUCUGAAGUGCCAGGGGCAAAAGCAUUUUUUCAUUCUGGUUUGGCGAACAGCAGGAAGGAAAUGAAGGAAUUCCAAAAAGAGGCACUUUUGCUGUGAAGACUACCCCUGGAGCAAUCACGAUCAGCGGUCAGACACUGAACAACCAAUUUGUUAGAGAAUUUCUCUGACUAGAGAAAUCAUUUCUAUUGAGAUAUUUCUAAAAUCUGCAGGACAUUCAGCCUCUCUCAGUAAAUGCUUAAAAGUGUGUCAGAUGCAACUGUGUUCAGUGUCAUCCGAAAAAAAGCACUUGGCGGUCACCACUGUAGAGUUAUACUGAGUAUGCUACACUGAGAACUCUUUGGAAAAAACAUCAUAGACGACUUCAAAAGCUUUCUGCCUUUAAGAAGCAAAGGACGAUGCCUCAGCUUUUAUUGCACUGCUAGAUUUGCGUUAGUUUAAGGCAGCAUUGAAGUCAGUUCAGGUUCAAUUGCAAAACAUCAUCUUUAUAAGGUUGCUGUUCAGCUUCAUAGAUUUGUUUAUUGCUUUUAAAUCUUUUGGAGAUAGAGAUCGACGAUUCACACAAAUUCAGUCUGAUAAUGAAACACCUCUUAUUGCCAGCAGGAACAAACAUCCAUGUACGCUUUUCACUUCUUUCAAUUGAACAAUUUAAUCAUUUUAUAUAAUGUAUGAAAAACUAUUUUGACUUUUUUUUUUAACUGCUAUAUAGAUAGCCCAAAUAGAUCCUGCGAAAACAACAGCCUUGUUUUUUUUUCUCCAAAGGUUCUGUAUGCAACAUUCAAAGCAUUAAUAUAGCAGCAAACCACUAUCUGCUGAAAUGAAGUCAUGCUACCUCUGUGUGUGUGUGUGUGUGUUGUAAUCGGAGCCUCUCUGUGGUUUGUGGUGGUGAACAGGUCCAGCUGCUCAUUCAUGUUAGUGCAUGUUUGUAUGUCAGGGGCUAGCUCAUUGCUGCAGCUUUGCACUGUGCUCCUAUGGUUGCCUCUGAUAACGGGAUGCUCUGUCAGCACUGUUGCUGUUGUAAGCACUAUUUAUGGAGUUAGCACUGUUAGCUGCUAACCACCAGCUCAGCCACCAUGUUGAGAACCAGACAAUUCAUACUCUCUGAAUUUCACAUAGAGCCCAUUUAAAGGGUGCUUCUUAAUCACCUUACAUACGGCAUGCCCUUUUAGCAUUUAAUCAGCAGGACUUAUA